AUGGAUUCCGCGUUCGGCCCCCACCCUCCUCGCGAGCCUCAGUCUCCGUGUCUCAGCUCAGCCACGUCCCCGUUCUUCCGGGACCGCGCCCAUGACGGCCUUCGCGCUCAGCAGCUGGGGUCGCUCUUCGCCGACCGCGGUCGCGGAGCCGAGGGCCGGGUGCGGGUUGGAGCCCAACUCGCUCGUGCAGCUAGCGCGACUCGCUUGGCCGCCGUCCGCCAGACGCACAAGCGUCCCACGCGGCGCGGAAAACCGGAAAAUCCGAGAGGCAAGGCAGGGCGAAGCGCACCCGAGAAGGAGCGGAAGGAAGACGUUUCAAGGGAAAUGAAAGGAUGGAAGGGAGGGAAGGGAGAAUGCUGCGAAAAGGGCGCCGCCGGCGACCCACAGACGCCGCGGAUCCGGAGGCGAGCCCCAGCCAGAGCGGUCGCAGAGCAGGCGGCGCAGAAGGCGGUGAAGGCCAGGCGUCCUUCGUUUGCCAAACUGAAUCGAGUAUCACGCGCAUCGACUCCGUCUGCGGCGUGCCGCACCGAGAAUGCGGCGGCGCAUGCUGAGGCGGAGAAUAUGGGGGCGAGGGCGACAGCGGACGCGCACGCGAGGAAUCCUCCGCAGCGGCGAGCCCACCUGGUGCUGGUAGAGUCGCCGGCGAAGGCGCGCACGAUCGCCAAGUUCCUUGAGGCCGAGACAGACGGCGCCGUCUUCCACGUGCGCGCGACGAAGGGUCACGUACGGCAACUUAAGCGCACUCUCGGCGCCGUCCAGGUUGGCGAGGAGACUGUCUCGUUCACGUGGGAGCCCGUGGAAGGCCCUCCUGUCCCUCUGGCUCGCGCGUCCGCCGCAGCACCCGCCUCUUCGCCCUCUGUAGCCUCGACCCCCACGUCGCGGCCUUCGGCUCGUGCGCCGGCUGCAGUCACAGAUACGGUAGGCGACGGUGAGACGGGCGCGGGCGGCGACACCUCAAAUGCCUCAAAGCGGCGACGGAGGAAGGCGGAAUCCGACGGCCUUACGAAGGGCAGCGAAGACGCGUCGUUCCUCCUGCGCACGCUUCGAGAGGUGCUUGACGACGUGGGGUGUAUAGACACUCUCUUUUUGUGCACCGAUCCCGACCGCGAGGGCGAAGCCAUUUCCUGGCACAUCUACGAGUCGCUCAAGCGUCAACAAGAAGCCGAGACCUCCGCUGUAUCCUCGCCAGACGCCGCGUUGCCACCGCCCUCGUCGCGAAGUCUUCUCUCGCGGAUCGGCAGCGUCUGCCGCGUGCGCCUCCUGGAGCUCACAGAGGCCGCCGUGAGGCAGGCGAUUCUGGGGAAGACGGCUGCCGGCGACGCUGCUGACAGCGACGGCGCUGAGAGAGACGCCGAUCCUGAGCGCGCUCGCGAGGCGGGGGACCCCCAACGUGGAAGGCAUGCGAACUCAGAAGCCGAGAACGAGGCGAGGGGGGAGGCGCAGCCAAAGCUUGCAGACGACGAGGCUCUCGACAUCGCGCGAUGCAAAUUAGGGCGGGAGGACCGACCUGAGGAGAGGGGGGAGGACGAAGUGAAGCUUCAGGGCCUCGACGCCGACCUCGUGCGCGCGUACCUCGCGCGCCUUGCGAUCGACUUCCUGGCGGGCUUCUCCCUCUCGCCGCUGCUGUGGAGGAAGCUGCCGGGGAGCAAGAGCGCCGGGCGAGUUCAAUCCGCGGCGCUGAAGCUCCUCGCCGACCGCGAGGCGGCUGUCGAGGCCUUCCGCCCGCGCGCAUUCGCCUCGGUGCAUGCGCAAGUCACUCUCGUCUGCGGCGCCCGCCGCAGGCCUACAGGCCCUGCCGACGCGCUCAGCGAAGGCGGCGCGGACGCAGAUGGCGACGCAGGCCCCAGGAGGCGACCCCAGGGACGCGGGGCGGAAGACGGGAGACGCGGAGGCAAGGCCCCGACGCACGUGACUCUCAACAUGACGCUCACGCGCUUCAAGGGCAAGCCUUUCGUCCCUUCCACGGCGCCCGCAUCGGGGCCUUCCGCCUCGCCUUCUUUGCCCUCUUCGCCCGAUGGCGGGUCGGCGCUCGGCUCGGGCUCCGCAGCUGCGCUGCCGCCUCAGCGCCCAAACGAGUUAGCGGCCCCCGAGGAGACCCUGAGGCGCGACGCAGGCAUCGAUCCCGACAGCCAGGGCGCCGGCGGGGGCACAUCCUCUGAGCCGCUCAAAAAAGAGGGCGACGGCAGGGGAGAGCCCCGCGACGCAGAAGCCGCCGCAGAGACGCGAAAAGGCACCGGUUGCGGGCGAAACGAGGAGGCGCGUGCGAUGAACCGAGGCGGCGAAUCGAACGCUGAGACCGCUGCUGACGAGGACGGGCGCGAGGGCCUCGCGGAGGAGACACGCAAAGUGCUGGAAGCCCUAAGAGAGAUGCAGUUCAAUCGCGGCCGCGUGGCAGUCUCCUAUUCAUUCCUCUCGCCCCCUGCGCCCUUCCGAACAGCGACGCUCCAACAAGCCGCCGCGCGCCUCCUCGGCUUCUCGCCAGCCGCGACCAUGAGACUCGCCCAGGCGCUGUACGAGGGCGUUGGCGGUCUCGGCGGCCUCAUCACUUACAUGCGCACAGACAGCUCGCGGCUCUCCGCGGCGGCUCGUGCCGACGUCCGCCGCUUCGUCGCCUCGGCCUUUCCUCCUGAGUUCCUGCGGCCUGAAGAUGCAGAGGGCGGAGAGGACGAGGGCACGGAAGCAGGCCGCCGGGCGGAGGGCGAUGCGCUGAAGCCGCACAGACGGAGAAACUCGAAAACUGAGGCGCCGCGCUUUGCGCAAGAAGCCCACGAAGCGAUCCGCCCCACGGACGUCAGUCUCCGGCCUGAGGACCUGCGUCGCUCUCUCACCGCUCGCGCCAGCGAUGCGAAGCAGGAAGAUCGCGGUGCGGUGGCUGUCGACGCCGAGGCUCCUGGCGGGUUAACCGACGCACACCUCGCGCUGUACGAGCUGAUUUGGAGGCGCGCCGUCGCCUCGCAGAUGUCUCCGGCGGUGCGGCAGUCCCUACGCCUCGCGCUGACAGCCGCCCCGCGAUCCGCGGACGCCGCGGAGGAGCCCAGCGCCGCCCUGGCGCCAGACGCCGCGGCCUCCGAAGGGGGCGACGCAGAGGGCGACGAAGGCGACGGAGACGCGCCGGGAGAGCCCCAGACGCGCCGGCGCGCCGCACGAGGCAAAAGCCAGCGCGGGGAGGGCGCCGAGGCGAGCGACACGCGCCUUGAAGCGGAAGUCCGCCGAGUGGCGUUCGAGGGCUACUUGAGCGUGUACGACUUCGCCUCCGCGCAGGCGGCGCUCCGUCGCACCGCUGCAGCUGCAACGCCGCAAGAGGCGUCGGCGCACGAGUCACAGAGCGAGGAGGGCGACCCCCAGGACGACGACGGCGACCACGAGGGAGAGCAGGAGACGCGCCCGACAAGCGAGGCCGGCGCAGGCGAUGCAACUCGCUCGGCGUCGUCUGAGAUCUUCGCCUUCUUCGAGGCGGCGCCUGGAGUCGCGCACGUCUUCCAUCCGCGGGAUUCACGGUCUUCCGCCGGCUCCUACCCCGCCUGUGCUUCGUCGUUCUCGCUCGACUCGCUGUGCUCCAUUUCGCCGGGGUCGCCCUGCUCUCUCGCAUCUCCGUCGGCUGCGCGGCCGCCUGUGGCGCCUGUGGAAUCUGAAGUGGGCUUGCCGGUGCUUUCGGGCGCGCUGGAAUUUUAUGCGCUGCAGCACUUCACGCGUCCGCCGCCACGGUUCUCCGAAGCUUCACUGAUUGACGCCCUGGAGCGCCUCGGGAUCGGGAGGCCCUCGACGUACGCCUCGGUGAUUGCUUCACUCUACGACCGCGCCUACGUGUACCCGCGAGCCUCUCAGGGUUCCGCGCACGCGCCUCGCCAGCCCGCGCCGUCGUCCGCUGCGCCUCCCGGCUCUCCGCGCGCGCGGCACGGGCGUCGCCGCGGCGCGUUGGUGCCGUCGCCGCGCGGCCGGUUGGUGUCGGCGUUUCUAGAGGCCUCGGUGCCCACAUUUGUGAGCGCGGCCUUCACGGCGCGGCUGGAGGAGGCCCUCGACGCGGUCGCCGGUCGCCGCGGGGACUGGGUGGCCGUUGUGCAGACCGUUUGGUCGCAGCUGAAGGAAAACAUCGAAAAAUCAGAAAAAAUUCCCCCGAAACAAAUCCGCGACGCCCUCGAGCAGACGCUCGCCACUAUGAUCUUUGGCGACGCCGCUCCUGCCUCGCACGAACCCCAAAACGAAGAAAAAGCUUCUCAAAAACUAGAAGCGACACCAGAAGCCGCGCGCGCAAAUCAAACGACGUCGAGUCACGACGCGCGGGGGCCAGGAGCGAACCCAACGGCCGGAGGCGCCGACGAGCCGGGAGACAGUGAAAGCAAAGACCGCACGCAAAACACUGGCAACCAGAGACAUGCAAGUCACGCCAGCAGAGCGCAACCUGCAGCGGGUGAGGUGUCGUCAUCACAAAACGCCGCUCACGUCGUCGCGCCAUCCCGGACGACUUCUGCUUCUCCCUCUUGUUCGCCUGCGUCGCCGCCGCAGUCUCCGCUCUGUCUUUCAGUGCCCAAGUCGCCGUCGGCACCUUCUGCGUCCUCCCCCGCGGAUGCCUCCGCUUUUAUUGCGCAGACUUCUGGGUUUCGGCCGCCGCCAUGCCCGGGCUGCGGCGAGGGCGAGUUGAAGCUGCGCGUUCACUCGCGCGGCAUUUUCGUCGGCUGCAGCGCGUACCCGAAGUGUACGUACAUCCAGCAGGUGCCUCCGCUGGACAAGGCGGGCGCCGACCCAGAGAAAAGCGAGGCGGAAGAAGCUUCUGUCUCUGAAGGGGAAGGCCCGAAUGAAGCGGUGCGCGAAGAAUGA